CUGAGGAGAUAUCAGGCUGGCCCAUGCUUCAUUGUUUCCAGUUUCCAGCAAUGGCUGCCAUUACCUGACUAGUAGGAUAGCCCGUCUCUCUGUGGCGCCAGAAGUUACCAGAGUGGUUUCUCUACUUUCACAGGGCAGGUUCAUCUGGGCCACAGGGGAAGCGUCUUCUGCCCCAGGGGCAUGGCCCAAAGGCAGAACUAAGUGCCCCGAAGUCUUGGCGCUCAAGAUGCAGCUGGAGUGGGCCCAAGAAGGCAAGAUGUGGCUAGGACUUGUGCUGAUGCUUCUGCUUUGUCCAAGCCUUGAGGGACAGGAAAACUCUUUCACCAUCAACCACAUCUACAUGGAGAUCCUGCCAGGACAGGAGGUGCAAAAUGGGGAGAACCUGACCUUGCAGUGCAUCGUAGACAUCAGCACCACCUCGCACAUCAAGCCUCAGCACUGGGUGCUCUUCUAUAAGGAUGACGUGCUAUUUCACAAUGUCUCCUCCAUGGAGACCACCGAGAGUUAUUUUAUUCCCCAAGCCCGGGUCUAUGACGCAGGGACAUAUAAAUGCACCGUGAUUCUGAACAACAAGGAGAAAACCACCUCGGAGUACCAGGUGUGGGUGAAAGGAGUGUCUGAUCCCAGAGUGACACUGGACAAGAGAGAGGCAAUAGAAGGCGGGGUCGUGAUGGUCAAUUGUUCCGUCCCAGAGGAAAAGCCCCCAAUACAUUUCACAAUUGAAAAACUCAAGCUACAUGCAAACGGUUUCAAGCAAAAAAGAGAAAAAAAAAAAAGUUCUUAUAACCAGAAUUUUGUGAUGCUGGAAUUCUCAGUGGAGGAACAAGACCAUGUUAUUUACUUCCAGUGCCAAGCCACCAUCUUUUCUGAGAACCACAUGGAAUACUCGAGAGCCAUCAAGAGUGAACUGGUCACCGUGACGGAAUCCUUCUCUAAUCCCAAAUUCCACGUCAGUCCCGAAGGAGUGAUCACAGAAGGAGAUCAGCUUCACAUUAGGUGCACCAUUCAAGUGACGCAUCUGGUCCAAGCAUUUCCAGAAAUCAUAAUCCAGAAGGACAAGGCGAUUGUAGCGUACAAGAGCCAUGGCAACGAGGCCUCCUACUCAGUGAUGGCCAUGGUGGAGCACAACGGCAACUACACGUGCAAAGUGGAAGCCAGCCGGAUAUCCAAGGUCAGCAGCAUCGUGGUCAACAUAACAGGCGAGUUACUGAGCUGCUCUGUGGUACAACUCUAUGAGAUGGGGGAAAAUGACAGCACUCAACCUCGCUGUCCCUUUCACUGCCUUUCAGCCCCGGUGGAUGAGGUCAAGCUCUCUAUCCUGCUGAAUGAGGAUGUGGAGUCUGGGAAGGCCGUCGUGCUUCGGUGCUCCGUGAACGAAGCAUCUGGUCCAAUCACCUUCAGGUUUUACAGAGAAAAAGAGACCAGUCCCUUCUACCAAAUCACCUUGAAUGACACCCAGGCCAUUUGGCACAAGGCGAAGGCUAGCAAGGAGCACGAGGGACAGUAUUACUGCACAGCCUCCAACAGAGGCAACCGGGUCAAAAACAGUCCCCAAAGCAACAUACUGACAGUCCGAGUCUUUCUUGCCCCAUGGAUAAAAGGACUUAUUGCAGUAUUUGCCAUUGGAGUGAUAAUUGCCAUCUUGGUACUUGGGGCCAGAUGUUAUUUUCUGAAGAAAGCCAAGGCCAAGCAGACACCAGUGGAGAUGUCCAGGCCAGCAGCACCACUUCUGAACUCCAGCAACGAGAAGAUGUUGUCAGAUCCCAACACUGAAGCCAACAGACAUUACGGUUACAACGAAGAUGUUGGAAACCAUGCAAUGAAACCAAUAAAUGAAAAUAAAGACCAGGAGCCCCAGGCAACUCGGAACUAG